AUGCUUGGCUUCAGUUCCAUCAGCGCUGCUCUCCACCUGAGGUCCAAGGACCCAGACGAGAACGACAGUGACACGAACCUCUUGCCAUCAGAGAGUCCUCCUCCCUACACUCUCGCACCCGUCCGGUAUCAGUAUGUGCACUUUGGCAUCGGCGGUGCUGGGAACAUACGCAAAGUUGCCCGGCGUGAUUGUCAAAUACUAUCCAUGAAGACCUAUCCGGGGACCGAGUCGGACGUCCCUCCUUAUCCAGGGACCGUUUAG